GUUCUACGACAUGUGCUUUAAACCACAGACUACCCGAGUGACAUUUAGCACUUGAACCUGCAGAGAAGCGACACUCUUGACUUAACCCUCGAACGGCAGCCCUACCUACCUAACUGACAACUACCGAACAAUCUAAACACAUCGUUCAGUGACUGAAAGGCCGUUUUCUGUGUAGCUGAGCACUCGGGGCAACUAACCGCCAAGAUGUCGAUGGACGUGCCUGAGGAUCUGGAGAUGGAGGGAGAGGAGGGGAUAGACUCCAAGGAGCUGAAGAAGCAGCUGGCAGAGUCCAAGGCAGUUAAAGUGCUGAUGCUGGGUAAGUGAACUGAACCCAUUGGUGUGACUGUAUCGGAGGUGAUUUGAAAUGAUGUGGAAGAAGCCUGAAGGAUGUCCUUUUGGUCUAAUGGCUAAGAUGUUGGGAUCCCCCAUUAUAUUUGUUCCCUGUUCAUAAAGAAACUGAAAGGAUAUAUUUCAACUAAAUACCAUGGAAUGGAAUAAUAAAGAGGAUAUUUGUUGUGAUAUCAGAGAUUUGGUUGAGGUUUAAAAGGGGGAGGCAACAUUUAACACAACACACUUGGUCCCUCUGAAAACAUGGCCUCAGGAUAGCACUAAAAAUAUUUAAAAUUAAAUUGAGAUUCCCAGAUGUCACCUGUUUAAAAACAUCUGUAAUUUUCACAUUUCAUGUUUCUGGUGUUGAAUGUAGUCCAUCAAAUGAUAUGAUACUUUCUCUAUGGUCCCAUUUCAAUCAAACACAGACAAUAAGUCCUGUUUUUGUCUGUGAAUUGAAUAUUCACUUUGUCUGAACAUUGAUAGUUAAGAGCAACACGGUCUGAACAUUGACAGUUAAGAGCAACACUGUUUAAACAUUGACAGUUAAGAGCAACCCUUUAUCUGAAAACUGAUAGUUAAGAGCAACACUUUAUCUGAAAACUGACAGUUAAGAGCAACACUGUUUGAACACUGACAGUUAAAAGCCAACAAACAAAUACAGAUCAAGGCAUAAUGUUCUUUCUCUCAGAAUGUUUAAGAUAUAUGUGACUGAACCUAGAAAAUAAGGAACAUUGUUAAAGUACAGAUUAUGAGCUUUAAGGUACAUUUCUCCCUGAGGUACAUUGCUCCCUCCCAGAAGAGGUGUAGUCCAGGGGAAAGUCAGGACACUGUGAGGUGCUUAAAGAAUCACUACUUUAGGUCCAAGUGAAUCAUGUCCCCCUGCUGAUGAGAGGCCAAGCCAAUUACUGGUUUAGUCCAGUCUCCAGAUCCAGUCCAGAUUGGUGUACCCAUCCUCUCCUCAGACAGCAUUUACCCUUUCACACUAUCAUGCCAACCCAAUCCAAACUGUACUUUCACACAGUGGUGGAAAAAGUACCCAAUUUAUCAUACUUGAGUAAAAGUAAAAGAUACCUUAAUAGAAAAUGACUCAAGUAAAAGUGAAAGUCACCCAGUAAAAUACUACUUGAGUUGAGUUUUAAAUAUAGUAUCAAAAGUAAAUGGAAUUGCUAAAAUAUGCUUAAGUAUCAAAAGUAAAAAAUCAUUUCAAAUUCCUUAUUAUAAGCACGGAUAGACAGGGGCACUCAGACAUAACAAAACACUUGUUUAGAGGCAGAUCAGAGGCAGUAGAGAUGACCAGGGAUGUUCUCUUGAUAAGUGCAUGAAUUGUACCAUUUUCCUUUUCCUGCUAAGCAUUCAAAAUGUAACGAGUACUUUUGUGUGUCAGGAAAAAUGUAUGGUGUAAAAAGUACAUUAUUUUCUUUAGGAAUGUAGUGGAGUAAAAGUAAAAUAAAGUACAGAUACCCCCAAAAAAACGACUUAGGUAGUACUUCAACGUAUUUUUACUUAAGUACUUUACACCAUUCUCAGAUCAGCAGGGUUCAGAUGAGUUCUCAGAUCAGUGGCUGUUAUGAGAGUGAACUCUGUUUACGCGUGAUCAGGGGUGUAUUCAUUCCGCCGAUUCUGUUGAAAAAAUGUUUCUUAAAACGGAAGCAAACGGAACAAAGUGGGGAUAAACAUACCUGAAUUUGUCCAAUAGAAACUCUCAUUUGCAACUGUUGGACUAAUGAUUACACCCUAGAUCAGCUCGAUGCAGGCCAGAGUGUGCAAAGCGGUAUUGAACGUCACUGUCUGUCACCUUAAAUUUGUCUCUCGACCUGUGUGCACCUACGUUGUAAACUUUCAUUCAUAGUCUAGGUUGUAGCAACCUCAUGAUGGGUACAGGGAACAUUAGAGUAUCACGCAGUAGCCUAAACCUAUGGAUGUUACAUUGAACUGGGUGAACGGAAUAUGAAUGACAGUCAUCCAAUACGCUGUAAUAGAAAUAAGGCCAUGCUCAUGAAAAACAAAUCGUCCUCCCUCAUCUUAAACGGCACCAACCGCCACUGCUCUACAUAGAGCCAUUUAAAUGUCUUAGUCAAGGUCAAAGAUCAGAUCCAGAAACAGUAUGUAUAUACAGUGCCCUCCGUAAGUAUUGGCACAGUGAAGAAUGUUGAACUAUACUUGAAAUCAAACAAUGGUGUUAAAGUGCAGACUGUCAGCUUUAAUUUGAGGGUAUUUUCAUCCAUAUCGGGUGAACCGUUUAGAAAUUACAGCACUUUUUGUACAUAGUCCCCCCCCAUUUUAGCAGAGCAAAAGUAUUGGGACAAAUUCACUUAUGUGUAUUAAAGUAGUAAAAAGUGAAGUAUUUGGUCCCAUAUUCACAGCACGUAAUGACCACAUCAAGCUUGGGACUCCACACCUUUGUUGGAUGCAUUUGCCCUUUGUUUUGGUUGUGUUUCAGAUAAUGUUUAGUUAGCCCUCUGCACUAAAGCCUAGACAUUAGAUUGGGGACUAACACAAGUUUUAAGGUCUCAUGUCUCAGGUUGAUUGUUGUUUUAUUGCACAGGCAGUGAUAUCGCUUGAUCCACAGUGGCCAAAUUAAAUGUUUCCAGGUUGCAUAAUGUUUGCUGUGUUAAGACACAGGACCAGGUUGCAUUAUGCUUGCUGUGUUAAGACACAGGACCAGGUUGCAUAAUGCUUGCUGUGUUAAGACACAGGACCAGGUUGCAUUAUGCUUGCUGUGUUAAGACACAGGACCAGGUUGCAUAAUGCUUGCUGUGUUAAGACACAGGACCAGGUUGCAUUAUGCUUGCUGUGUUAAGACACAGGACCAGGUUGCAUUAUGCUUGCUGUGUUAAGACACAGGAGACAUAAAGCUCAUCCAUAACACUCAGCAGGGAGGUGCACGAAGAAGAGGGCGGGACAACCUUAAUCUGGAUGGGCACUGAGCCAAUGGGUGCCGUCUGUGGCUAGGAGUGGCGCAGGACUUAACCAAUUAGAGUAGACCAAAUAGAGUUUUGCACAAUUUCUAUUUUGUACCUUUUAUUUAACUUUUAUUUGUCCAGGAAGUCCCAUUGAGGCCAGAAUACAUAUUUUACAUUACAAACAUUUAGUCAUUUUACAUUUUAGUCAUUUUAGCAGACGCUCUUAUCCAGAGCGACUUACAGGAGCAAUUAGGGUUAAGUGCCUUGCUCAAGGGCACAGACAGAUUUUUCACCUAGUUGGCUCGGGGAUUAGAACCAGCGACCUUUCGGUUACUGGCACAAUGCUCUUAACCACUAAGCUACCUGCCGCCCGGUUUCUUCAGCUGGACACAGCAUUACAAACAUGAACAGCUAUCGAGGAUUAAAAAAAAAACCCACCAUUACGGUGUUUAAAUAAAGGUUUUAAAUAAGUGACGCCAAGGCCUUUGUCCUGAUCUGCCUGAGAGAAGCAGGCCGCGUCCCAAACAGCACCCUACUAAGCACUGAUCAGAGGUAGUGCACUAUAAAAGAGAACAAGGGGUAAUUUGAGCUCAGAAAAAAACAAAACAAGCUGAGCCGUACUGCACUGGCCUGGUUACAUGUUGGGGUCGGCCACAUCGUAUUUUAGUUUUAAAAUAACGGUUUUAAAAUAAUGAUUUUAGGUGACAUUAAAAAAGGUCUUUGUGGUGAAGUCUCUGACAAGCUGCCUCUCAGAUGGCACCCUGUUAAGCACUGGUCAAACAGUGGUGUUUAAAAUGAAGUUUUUUGAAAAAUAAAGGUUUUAUAAGUAACAUCCAGGCCUUUGUCCUGCUGUGUUCUGAGUCCCAGGAAGGAGACGUCAGUGAUCUCCUCACAGCCUGUUCUGUCAAACUGCUCUAUUAUCACUCUGUCCCACAGGGGCUCGGGUCAAAACUAGGGCACUAUACGGAGAAGAGGGGUUUGGGACGCACCCUACGUCUCGCUGGCCACCAGGUCCAGGAGCAUUAAGAGAUUUUAUUGUCACAUACACCGGAUAGGUGCAGUGAAAUGUGCUGUUUUACAGGGUCAGCCAUAGUAGUACGGCACCCCCCUGGUGCAAAUUAGGAUUAAGUGCCUUGCUCAAGGGCACAUCUGCAGGUUUUUCUACUUAGUCAGCUCGGUUUUUCCAAGCCAGUCACUGAUGAAACCCUUGUAAUAAAAAAAAUUACAUUGUUGACAUUUAUUUAACUGUUGUAAUAAAUGGUAUAUUUUUGUUUUCUUUCAGGCGCUGAGGAGUCGGGGAAAAGCACCAUCGUAAAACAAAUGAAGUGAGUUAAGUUACAACUGAAGUACGCCUUCGGGUUGUCUCACUGUGAAAUGUGUGGCAGCAGAGAAGUGAGCUGCAUUGCCACGAACACACCACUAGGUGGCAGUUUGGAUCGUUGAGCCACACGGCAACAGAAUGACAGUUUGUGCUGUUUGUGCCAUCGUUCUGUUACCAAACUUUGCAUCUGCACUGUUCUUGAAGUAAAUAUGUUUUUUUUAAAUCGUGGAAUUACUCAACACUAACCCAUGUUGUCUUCUGCUUCUUCUUCUCCACAGAAUCCUCCACCAGGGUGGUUUUAAUAAGGAGGAGAAGGUGAAGUCCAGAGGGGUGAUCUUUGGUAACAUCCUGCAGUCAGCUCUGUCCAUCGUCAGAGGCAUGAGCAUCCUGGGGAUCAAGUACGGAUCACCGGCCGCAGAGGUGGGUACUGCAGGCUGGGUGUGUGUGUGUGUAGAAUUAUACUAUAAUUAAACAAUAAGGCCAGAGGAGGUGUGGUAUAUUUUGCCAAUAUACCACGGCUAAGGGCUGUUCUUAAGCACGACGCAACGCGGAGUGCCUGGAUACAACCCUUAGCUGUGGUAUAUUGGCCAUAUACCACAAACCCCUCCGAGGUGCCUUAUUGCAAUUAUAAACUGGCUACUAACGUAAUUAGAGCAGUAAAAAUAAAUGUUUUGUCAUUCCCCAUGGUAUACCCUGUCAGCCAAUCAGCAUUCAGGGCUCGAACCACCCAGUUUAUAAUAUACUGUAUAAACAUGUUAUACUAUAUAGUCACAUUAUACUAUACAUAUGAUACUAUACUGUACUAUACAUAUUAUUCUAUACUAUACUAUACAUAUGAUACUACACUGUACUAUAUAGACAUAUUAUACUAUAGCGGAGUUGCCAACAACCGGAUGUUCCGGAUGUUCUACAGUAGUUACUGCCGUUUCUUUUAAGCCUGGUUAUGUUACGUUAUACUAUAUUAUAAUAUAAUAUACUGAUGCAUGUAUGGGUUUUGUUCUCUCUGUGUCACCAGGAUGAAGGCAAGAAGCUGGAGAACCUAUCCAACUCUACUGAGGAAGGAACCAUGCCUCCUGAGCUGGCUGAGUGCAUCAAGAAUCUGUGGAUGGACCCUGGCAUCCAGGAGUGCUUCGAGUCAGCAGCUGAGGGCUACCAACUCCUCGACUCCGCUCACUAGUGAGUAUAUGACAGGGAUCAACUGCCAGAUUCAGGCACGGGCCGUUUUUUCUUGAGCGGAUUGUCAGGGGGCCGGAACAUAAUUACAAAUUAUUUGUAGACUGCAAAUUGACAGCAAGAAGGCCAAAAAGAUAUUGUGUUUGACUAAAACACAAUCAUUUCAAAUCUUUCUUACAUUUGUAUACGAUCACAUAAAUUAUAUAUUUCUGUUAUGCAUGGGAAUACUUUGUAACAUAUUUCCAAAAAUUAAAAUCACUUGGAGCUGAUUUGCUGGUGUUAUUAUAGUCUUUUAUACUGAACAAAAAUAUAAACGCAACAUGUAAAGUGUUGGUCCCAUGUUUCAUGAGCUGAAAUAAAAGAUCCCAGAAAUGUUCCAUACUCACACAUUUCGCUCAAAUGUUGUGCUCAAAUUUGUUACAUCCCUCUUAGUGAGCAUUUCUCCUUUGCCAAGAUAAUCCAUCCACCUGACAGGUGUGGCAUAUCAAGAAGCUGAUUAAACAGCAUGAUCAUUACACAGGUGCACCUUGUGCUGGGGACAAUAAAAGGCCACUAAAAUGUGCAGUCUUGUCACACAACACAAUGCCACAGAUGUCUCAAAUUUUGAGGGAGUGUGCAAUUGGCAUGCUGACUGCAGGAAUGUCCACCAGAGCUGUUGCCAGAGAAUUGAAUGUUCAUUUCUCUACCAUAAGCUGCCUCCAGUGUCGUUUUCGAGAAUUUGGCAAUAUGCCCAACCGGCGUCACAACCGUAGACCACGUGUAACCACGCCAGCCCAGGACCUCCACAUCCUGCUUCUUCACCUGCGGGAUCGUCUGAGACCAGCCACCCGGACAUCUGAUGAAACUGUGGGUUUGCACAAUGGAAGGAUUUCUGUACAAACUUUCAGAAACCACCUCAGGGAAGCUCGUUGUCCUCACCAGGGUCUUGACCUGACUUCAGUCGGCAAAUGCUCAUCUUCGAUGGCCACUGGCACGCUGGAGAAGUGUGCUCUUCACGGAUGAAUCUUGGUAUGGCGUUGUGUGGGCGAGCAGUUUGCUGAAGUCAAAAUUGUGAACAGAGUGCCCCAUGGUGGCGGUGGGGUUAUGGUAUUGGCAGGCAUAAUCCACGGACAUCGAACACAAUUUCAUUUUAUGGAUGACAAUGAGAUAUCGUGAUGAGAUCCUGAGGCCCAUUGUCGUGCCAUUCAUCCGCCGCCAUCACCUUUUCAGCAUGAUAAUGCACGGCCCCAUGUCUCAAGGAUCUGUACACAAUUCAUGGAAGCUGAAAAUGUCCCAGUUCUUCCAUGGCCUGCAUACUCACCAGACAUGUCACCCAUUGAACAUGUUUGGGAUGCUCUGGAUCGACGUGUAGGACAGCGCGUUCCAGUUCCCGCCAAUAACCAGCAACUUCGCACAGCCAUUGAAGAGGAUUGGGACAACAUUCCACAGGCCACAAUCAACAGCCUGAUCAACUCUAUGCAAAAGAUGUGUCACGCUGCAUGAGGCCACGCUGGUGGUCACACCAGAUACUGACUGGUUUUCUGAUCCACGCCCCUACCUUUUGUUUUUAAAGGUAUCUGUGACCAACAGAUGCAUAUCUGUAUUCUCAGUCAUGUGAAAUCAAUAGAUUAGGGCCUAAUUUAUUUAUUUCAAUUAACUGAUUUCCUUUUAUGAACUGUAAGUAAUUAAAAUCUUUGAAAUUGUUGAAUGUUGCGUUUACAUUUUUGUUCUGUUGUUUUUUCUGUUGUUCAGAAAACUUGGGGGGCCAAAUAAAAUCUGCGGGCCGCCAGUUAGGAAUCCCUGGUCUAUGGCCUCUGUGGAUGCUUGACAGUGUUGUUGUCUUUGGGGUCUAGUUACAGUAAAGCACUUUGUGAUAACUGCUGAUCUAAAAAGAGCUUUAUAAAUACAUUUGAUCGAUUAGUUGAUUGAUUAAUUGAUUGACUGCCUCUCGCACAGCUUCCUCAGUGACCUGGAGCGCGUCACUCAGGCUGACUUCACCCCCAACGACCAGGACAUCCUACGGUGCAGGAUCAAGACUGGCGGGGUCAACGAGGAGAGGUUCAUCUGCAAAGAUGUCAAAUUCAGGUGAGCUACAGUAGCUAACUACCUGGCUGCUACAUGGCUACCUAGAUACCUGGCUGCCUUGUCACAGUACAUUAUAGUUCACCUGCAAAGAUGUCAAAUUCAAGUGAUGUAGUGUAACUGGUGCGAUUGAACCAGCGACUUCUUACCGGCAAACCCAACACCUUAACCAUUAGACCAGGGUUCUCCAAUCCUGUUCCUGGAGAGCUACCCUCCUAUAGUUUCUCUCCAACCCUGUUCCUGGAGAGCUACACUCCUGUAGGUUUUCACACCAACCCCAGUUGUAACUAACCUGAUUCAGUUUAUCAACCAGUUCAUUAUUAGAAUUAGGUGGACUAGAUUGGGAUUGGAGCGAAAACCUACAGGAGGGUAGCUCUCCAGGAACAUGGUUGGAGUGAAAACCUACAGGAGGGUAGCUCUCCAGGAACAUGGUUGGAGUGAAAACCUUACAGGAGGGUAGCUCUCCAGGAACAUGGUUGGAGUGAAAACCUUACAGGAGGGUAGCUCUCCAGGAACAUGGUUGGAGUGAAAACCUUACAGGAGGGUAGCUCUCCAGGAACAUGGUUGGAGUGAAAACCUUACAGGAGGGUAGCUCUCCAGGAACAUGGUUGGAGUGAAAACCUUACAGGAGGGUAGCUCUCCAGGAACAUGGUUGGAGAGCCCUGCAUUAGACCAAGAGAAAAUCCUUGUGAUCCGAGAGCAGCAUUUGGCCUUACAAGGCUGUGUUUACACAGGCAUCCCAAUUCUGAUCUUUUUUUCACUACUUGGUCUUUUGACCAAUCAGAUCAGCUCUUUUGCCAAUAACUGGGCAAAAGAUCAGAAUUGGGCUGUGUCUGUAAACACAGCCCAACUUAAGGCAGGGCUACGUCUUAACGAGAGCGUGAUUGCAAAUCACCUCUCUCUGCUUCACCAGCUACCUGGCUGCCUGGUCACAGGACUGUCUUUACUGUAGAAACGUAUAGUAGUGUGUGCAUAUAUUUUAAGUAUUUGUAUGCGAUUCCUGCUGGAAUUGAACCAUCAACCUUUGUUUUUCGCAAGUGCCACGCUCUCACCAUUUACACCAACUACGUGUAAAAAGCACACACACUGAAGGAGCUCAUGGUGACAAAGUACUGUAGUUACUAACCGCUCCUCUCCUGUAAAAAGGCCUUUAUAAUUGAUUGGUUAACUGAUUGAUUGCUGUGUCUCUCUGAUGGACAGGAUGUUUGAUAUGAGCGGUAGAAGAGAAGAGAGGAAGAAGUGGAUCCACUGUUUCGAGGGCGUCCAUUGCAUCCUGUUCUGUAGUGCCCUCAGCGCAUAUGACCUGGUGCUGCUGGAGGACGACGAGAUGGUGAGUGUUUACACACACACACACACACACACACACACACACACACACACACACACACACACACUUCAAACUAAGAUGAGGGAGGAGACGCUGAUAUGCUUCAACCACACCGUAUUGCAAACCUCACCGGCUAGUGCUGGCAGCUAGCUAGUGGAGCUUGACUGUUUUGUAGCCCGACGAUGAUGAUGAUGGUGAUGAAUCCUUCAUUCCUCUUCUGCCCUUCUCUCCUCUUUUCAGAACCGCAUGCACGAGUCUCUCCAUCUAUUCAACAGUAUCUGCAACCACAGGUUCUUCGAGGACACCACCCACGUGCUUUUCCUCAACAAGAAGGACGUCUUCCAAGAGAAGAUCAAGCAUGUCCACCUCAAUGUCUGCUUCCCUGACUACGACGGUGAGUCCUACUCUUGAGUCCCAAAUGGCAAAAAGUUGUUUUCCAUGGCCUUUUGACCUUUCUCACUCGAUUAAAACACAAUAAUAAAACCAAUCUUAUUCCAUUUUUACAUUUACAUUUUAGUCAUUUAGCAGACGCUCUUAUCCAGAGCGACUUACAGUUAGUGAGAGCAUACAUUCUUUUUAUUUUUUUAUACUGUCCCCCCGUGGGAAUCGAACCCACAACCCUGGCGUUGCAAACGCCAUGCUCUACCAACUGAGCUACAUCCCUGCCGGCCAUUCCCUCCCCUACCCUGGACAACGCUGGGCCAAUUGUGCGCCGCCCCAUGGGUCUCCCGGUCGCGGCCGGCUACGACAGAGCCUGGAUUCGAACCAGGAUCUCUAGUGGCACAGCUAGCACUGCAAUGCAGUGCCUUAGACCACUGCGCCACUCUGUCAAACACAUAAAGAGGCCAGCAACUGGUCUCUGAUCAGUUUUUACAGCUCUCUUCUCAUCUCCCUAUAGGGUCUAACACAUACGAAGACGCCAGCAACCACGUGAAGUUGCAGUUUGAGUCUCUGAACUUGAGGCAGGCGGAGAAACCCAUAUACACCCACAUCACCUGCGCUGUAGACACACAGGACGUGGACCAGGCCUUCAACGCCAUCACAGACGUCAUCAAGACCAACCUAAAAGACGCCGGGCUGUUCUGA